AUGACCAUAUUAUUGCAUCAUACAAAUGAUUCUACUUUCAACUCUUCGAUUUUGUAUUUUCGUAUUUCUGCUAAUCUGGGGCAUAAUGAAUAUUUUAGAUUGCGGGACGUUUAUAACUCUUAUUUUUAUCUCACUUUAACGUUAUUGAGCUCCACUGCUUCAUUAUCUAGUAUUAUUCUGAUGGUUAUUGUUGUUGCCAUGUUGAGAAGGAGGUUUGGUGCUCAGUUCCUUUCAAAUACUUCACAUAACCGCGGCUUGACACGUUUUCUCGAGAAUCAAAGGCGAUACACUCACACAACAUUGAUCUCGUGUUGUUUUACAUUUUGUCUCGUGGUGGUACCAUCAAUAGUGCAAUGUAUUUGUAUGGUGGAUUCUAGUGCACAAUCACAGAUCAUUGCGAUGUGUUGCAUAUAUACACCUCUUAUCAAUUCAUUCAAUAUGGUACUGUUAUUCAUGUAUCGGCAAAAGGAUUUUCGGAAUGCUGCAAUUCAUGGUUUAAAAUGGGUAUUCUGUAGAAAGAAACAUCAUAUCCACCCAGCUAUCCCUGUUGGAUUUAGAUAA